AAGAGCAUUGGACAAGAUGGUGUAAAACAUUGGACAAAACCUGCCCAGUUUUCCAAAUAUGUUUGGGUUUUAUUUUCUACCUGAAGAACAAAUCGUGUUAUCAGCACUGUGACUCCGGGUUAUUUCUUUGCAGUCAGUCAGCACAUUCUUGCCAUUGCAAAGUCAUUAGAGAACUGUCAGACCAUGGCAUAUAAUUAACCCUCCAUAAAUAGAGUAAACCCAUUUCUGGGCUAAACAAUGAGCUUGUGUGGAGGUUCCAUCCUGGGCUCAAUCCGUAGUUCCCUUUUUCAGUGCGUGGUUAUCUGACUUAUUGCCAUCACUUCUGGGGGAUCACAUUUGUACUUGAAAGGCAGCAGUUAUAAAAGAAACCCACGGGGAGAUGACCCAGAGGACACUGAACAAACGGAGCAGACUCUUCACAGGACUUGUGAGAGUGCACAGGCUCUGUAAGAUGGUGCCAAGGCCCCUCUGCUGAUGCCUGGCCGUGUUCCUUCACCAGCUAGAGAUGAAGGCCAGCAGGAUGCAAGUUUGUCUGAUCCUCCUUUGGACAACCCACUCAGUUCAGCCCAACACACCCCAAGCUGCACGAGUUCAGGUUUUCCCACCUGUUAACUUCACCCUUACAGUCUCUGCAUUAGCACAAGUCCUGUUACACUGGGAACCAAACCCUGCUCAAGACCAAAAAAACGACACCAUUAGAUAUGAAGUGAAAAUCCUCAGCCCUGUGCCUGAAGAGUAUGACACCAGGAAGACCCACAGUGUCCGAACGGUCGCGCUCCACGACGGCUUCUCCGCACACGUCCGGACGUUGCUUCUCCACAACGACCUUCAGAUGAGAAGUGAGUGGGUGCAGGAAAACCUCCCACCUCUGCCAGGUGCUCCAGAGACAUCCAUCACCAAUUUGUCCUGUGUCACUCACCUCACCAUUUCUGGGACUGUCUCUCUGCACUGCUCGUGGCUUCCUGGCCCAGGGGCACCACAAGAUACCGAGUACUUUCUGUUUUACAGGUACAAGAACCACACUGAGGAAUGUCACCGUUAUGCCAAAGACAAGUGGGACAGGAAUUCUGGCUGCAGCUUUCCAGGGACUCACAUUGAUCCCCAGGAGGCUGAUGAUCUCGUAAUCCACAUUAAUGGGUCCAGCAAAAGUGCUGCAAUCAAGACUUUUCAGCAGUUAUUUAACCCAAAUGCCAUUGAGAAAGUGAAUGUUCCCAGAAAUAUCACUGUAUCCUUGGAGGAAAACCAUCUCCUGGCCACUUGGGAGAAGCCAAUUUCUCUUUUCCACGAGGAAUGUUUUGAAUAUGAAUUUUACCUCUUCAACCUGAAGUCAGGUAACAAGCAGAUAUUGAAAUUAUCCUCAAACAAAUUCCGCUUGAGGAUUGAUGUCACCAGCAGAUAUUCCAUCCAGAUCAGAGCUAAUCAUCACACGUGGUGUAUGAGAGGACUUUGGAGUGACUGGAGUGAAGUUAUUUAUGUUGGGCAAAACAAACUGGAGAAUUCUGUGGCCUGGAUUCUCGCUGUGCUUUGUGUGUCCACGUCCUGCACAUUCCUGCUUGUUGCUUUAAUAUGCAAAAUAAACCGUGUCUGGAGCAAACUGUUUCCACCAAUCCCAACACCCAGCAACAAAUUCCCAGAUCCCUUCCCAGUCGACUACGAGAGCCAAGCAGCCCCAGCUCCCAGCUCCCACCUCACAGGGGUUUGCUUUCCAGAGGGCCCGGACCUGCACCAGCGACACGGAGACCGAGUUCAGCAGCUUGGCUGAAGAUCUUUACUGCAGAGCCCUGGAUGAUUCUGUCUUCUGAGAGGCUGCUCCGUGUCACCUCCAUGUGUCCACAUUCCCAACAGGAAGGAGGACUUGUUUCCCCUUGCUUCCAUGAGCUGCUGAACACAAAGUCCCAGUUGAAACAGGAUAUAAGCACAUGGCACAAGGGCUGUGUAGGGAAAAAAGUCUGGAAAAGAGCUAAUGGCUUUUUUUUUCUGGCUGGCAGUUUAAUCUUUUGGAUAUUUGUUUUAACUAACUUUGACAACUUAAGAUGCAAAACGCAAACUGGGACUUGGCACGGCCCUGGGAAUGGCAGCAAGGCACCCAGCCAUGGUCCUGGUGGUGACCAAGGCGGGUCAAACAUUAGGAAAAGAAUUAAAGGAGCUGUGAAGCCUCCCAGUGCUCUCAUCCCUGGUGCUGUAGCAAGUCCAGCAUGAGAGUGGGAUCCACGU